GCUGCUUUGAAUUUGCGCAGAGAAGAAGAAUCAAGAGAAAAGGCAAAGGCGUGACGUGAAUCGCGUGAUUCGGGUUUCACUGUGGAGGUGGAAGGAGCUGUAUAAAACUAAGGUCUACAGUAGAUACCAAGAUCAUACAGAAGACUCGUCCUGUUCGUGUUUCUUUACUGUCAAGAAGUUAAGAAGUGUCGCUUUUUUGUGAGCUUUUUUUGGUUGGGUCAAAAACAUGGAUGUUCGAACUGGUUUAAUUGUCUUGUUUUGCUUGCUGGGACUCACCUGGGCGCAGCCGGUCAAGUACAUUGACUGCGGCUCCACAACAGGCAAAGUGAUCGGUGUGGACAUCAACCCUUGUCCUAAUCAGCCAUGUCAGCUUCACAAAGGAAACUCCUACACUGUCAACGUCACCUUCACUAGCAAUGUGGAUAGUGACAAGAGCACCGCUGUGGUUCACGGUAUUGUUGGAGGUAUCCCGAUCCCGUUUUCCAUCCCUGUGCCAGAUGGCUGCAGGUCUGGAAUCCAGUGUCCCAUCAAGACUGGGAUGACCUACAACUACCAAGCUUCAUUACCAGUAAAGACUGAGUAUCCGUCAAUAAAAUGUGUCGUGGAGUGGGAACUGAGAGAUAACGGCAACCAAGAUCUCUUCUGCAUCAAAUUCCCAGUUCAGAUUGUGAACUGAGCCGGCCUAACAAAAGAACCUUAGAUGAGUUUAUCUUAAAAAGGGAUUCAGCUUUGAGUAAAAACUACUUCUUGUAAGAUUUCAUCCUGUUUAAAUUUGGGUUUUUUUCUCUCUGCUGAUUUCACGGCUCUCUGCACACAUUAAAUCUACAAUAAUGCCACUCGUUAUGUGUUAACUGCCUAAUGUUCAAUUGUAAGAGUGAAGAGUUUAAAAUGGCAUCUGAAGAGGAACCACAUUCCACUACUGUGCAAAUGUUUACUGGCUGCUAUGUAGUCUGAAAACUUUCUUUAUUGAUAUUUUGUAAUCCAUACUGACCUGCUUGAAAAUCUAUUGAAUUGGCCAGGAAAUAUGCAACCAAAGAGCAAAUAAAUAAAUCCAACUUGAGUAGUAA